CGGAGUGUUGGUUCCGCUGGCGCUGGCGUCUGUAGUGUUAUUACCGAGGGUUUUUGAAUGGAAGGUUCGUGGCUCGAUGGAUCGGCACGGUUCGUCCUGACAGCGCUGUUCAUCGUGAUAUCGUGUACGUUCGAACGCCGGACACGGUGCAGUGCCGAGGGAGUGUUCCCGGAGCUGGAUUCUACCGAUUGUGAUCUACUCGGUUGCGGUGGUCCGUACGAGUGUUACGGGAAUGGCUGGCCCAACUAUCUACCCCGUGUCCGCGGUGGACCCUACAAUAUACCGGCCCUGAGUACGUUCUCCGUAUCGAGUGGAAAUGGCGCUGCCAAUGCGCCAAUCGAGUGCUUACUCGGUACGGCCAACAACUAUCUGCCCUGGCUAACGGAGGAAGGCCGGUUGACGGUUAGCCCGGGACGCCACGCACUCGAUCUGUCCCAUCUCCGGCUAACCGAUGCGGGAUUGCCGGUACUCGUCGAAAGUCUCGGAUUGGCCGUACCACUUGAAGGCGUACAGCACCUCUCUUUGGCCCACAAUGCUUUGCUCCACGUACCGACACCAACGUUGAACAGUAUGCCCAACCUACGGCUUCUAUCGCUGCGGGCUAACACCUUCACCGAGCUGUCCGUAGACUCUAUCGUUUAUUCCAAACUACCACCAUUGCAACGAUUGCGCGUACUGGAUCUGCAGAACUGUAGUCUACGAGUGCUGCCGCAUGAUUUCUUCGAGCAUACUCCCAACCUGCAGUACCUCUUUCUGGCCGGUAAUAGCUUCCGAGUGCUUCCGAUGGAGCUGUUUCUGCCCCUUCGAGCCCUUCUUCAUCUCGAUCUCUCGAACAUGGACACGAGCCGGCAGGGCGAGGAGCGUAUCGAGAAUCCGUUUAUGAAGCUGAUCGCCGGCCUGGAUCUACAACAGAGCUUGUUUGCGCCGCUGUUGAAUCUAGUGUUUCUCGAUCUGUCCAAUACGCGGCUCGAUUUCCAGGCGUUCAUUGCGCUGGGUUCGAUUCAGCGCCGGGUACGGUACGUCAGCUACUGUAACAUCGGUUUGCCGGCGAUCGUCGACUACCUAUUCGUUGCUCGGUCCAUCGAGAUGCUUGACAUCUCGUACAACGUCGGCGUGGCACAGAGCCUUCACAAGGGAAGCUUCAGUUUACUGCGGAAUAGUCUGGAGGUGCUGUACUUCAAGGAUUCGAUGGUACAGCAGCUAAGCUGGUUAGUGCCGCUCGGUAAGCUAAGGGUGUUGAACCUACGGGGUAACAUCAUACGAGAGCUACACCGCGAAAGCUUCACCAAUCUGACGCGUUUGGAACGGCUCGAUCUGAGCUACAAUUACAUCUCGGCCUGGAACCAGCAGAUCCUUACGAACACGGGCGCGCUGCGCAGUGUGAACCUGCGCAACAAUAGUAUCGUAAUCCUGACGACGGAUAUGCUGUACGAUUUCUCGCGCCUGCAGCACAUGGGCCUUGGCGGUAACACGAUCCAGUGUUCCUGCAACUAUCUGAAGUUCCUGCGUAACAUUAUGCACAACCAGAGCGACACACCACCGGGCGCCUAUGCCAUUUCGGCUGAGCCACUGUACGCGGAGAAGCAUAACGGUGGCUCGGGAACGUUGGUUUCCUUGCAGCACGUCGAGCUGUUCGAUUACGAUGAGUCGGAGUACUUCUGCAUGAACUUCACCAGCAACCAGAAGCUCGACCCGAUGGAACUUUCCGAUUGCGUGCUCUCCGAUGAGGAGCUGAUCGAUAUCGAUCUAACGGAGACCGCGACAAGCACCACGACCGAGGAUGACACGCUGGUGUACAUACUCGUCAGUAUAGCGGUCACAUUUGUGGUGGUGACGGCGAUCGUUCUGUUUUACUAUUGGUUCCACAUCAAGUACUUCUUUACUAUUCUCAAAAACUCAACCAUACUGAGCUUUUUCAACGAUAACGAGAAGCUGUAUCUCGAUAGGAAUGGAUUGCUGAAGGAUUCGGACUACCAUUACGAUGUUUUCGUGAGCUAUAGCAACGAUGAUCGGAAGUGGGUGCUCGAUCAUCUGCUGCCUAAUAUGGAGGGCGUGAGCCAGGUUAAUCUGUGUCUGCACGAGCGUGACUUUGAGGUUGGGUUUGGCAUUCUUGAGAACAUCAUAUCGUGCAUGGAUCGCUCGCGCUGCUUGAUGCUGAUCGUCUCCGAGAGCUUCCUGCUUAGCCACUGGUGUCAGUUUGAAAUGCAUCUAGCACAGCAUCGGCUGCUGGAAACGCGUCGUGAAGAGCUGAUACUGGUGCUGCUGCAGGACAUUCCACGGCGCAAGUGUCCGAAAACGUUGAGCUACUUGCUGAAGACCAAAACGUACAUCAAGUGGCCGACCGGAUCGGUGCACGAGCAGGCCUUGUUCUGGAAGCGGCUCCAUAAAGCGCUCUCGACGUCGAAAUGUUGAUGAUGUGGGUUAGCCAUCCACCAGAGCAUGACUGUGGUGCAUACCUACCGGGCGAUUUUUCGACCGCAUUCGAGCUGCUAUCUCUUACAAUUUCGAGUGGUUAAAUUUAGGAUGGAUAUUCUGCGAGAUUUGUGUUGAUUUACUUAGUUUGUUAGUUGUUUUGUGUGUAGUAUGUACCAUCAAUGAUUGAAUAUUAGACAGAAAGAUACUUAAACUCAUUUGACCGCAUUUUGUAUCAUAACUCUGGUAAAUCUUUUGAUUUUUUUCAUCCAAUUAAAAAUGGCUUACCGCCAAUUUCUUCGCCAAUCAAUGUGUGUGUCACUUUGAUUGUGAUUAAUAGCAUUCUGCUGUCUAUCCUCCACUUUAUCAGUGUACUGGAGUAUCCGGUCUCGGUUUCAGAAUUGUGUCAUACACGUGUCCGUUGAAGGUUUUUUAGAACGAUGAUCCCAGAAACUGGUUUUCAACGGAAC